GCAGCCGAACAGACAGCAACCGCGGGGUGGAGAAUGUGACAGCGCGGGAUUUUACCUGUUAAGUGCGUUUUACUAUCGUCUGCAGCGUGUUUGUUGUUGUUCCUUUUUGUGUUGUGGAUUAUUUGUCGCGGUGGCCGGUGGAGAUGUUGCGGCCGGCCGACCGACCCUGAGCGGCCCUUGCCCGCUCUCUGCUUACCACUUUCAUGUGCAAGCGGGCGCCCCUCUGCAGCAUGAACCACCUGAGUACUAUGUACGCAACGAAGAGACGCAGAAGAAACAGCAAAAGUGUUCGUGUUCCACCAAAGGAGGGCCAAACCAAAUCGAACCCCAGUAAGAGGCAUAGGGAACGUCUCAACGCCGAACUGGACACACUGGCCAGUCUGCUUCCUUUUGACCAGAACGUUCUUUCCAAGUUGGACAAGCUGUCCAUCUUGCGUUUGAGCGUCAGCUACCUCAGGACAAAGAGCUACUUCCAAGUCGCCCUGUAUCAAGAUCAGGAUCGAUCUUCCCAGGAUCAUGCCAUGAAGUCCAGGGACCACAUGUACAACGACGUCAUUCCCGAAGGAGAUCUCAUACUUCAGGCCUUGAGCGGAUUCCUUCUGAUCCUGACGUGCGACGGAGAAGUCUUCUACACAUCACACACAGUCGAGACCUACCUGGGCUUUCAUCAGUCUGACAUCUGUCAUCAGAGCGUGUAUGAGCUUGUUCACUCCGAGGACAGAGAAGAACUGCAGCGCCACAUAAUGUGGAACUCGCAACUACCUUCAGAUCGGAGCGCCCUCUCUCUUCAGGAAGCUUUACUUCCAGAGAAUAGUCAUCUGUUGGAAAGGAACUUCACCGUUCGUUUCCGGUGUUUGCUGGACAACACAUCUGGUUUCUUGAGGCUGGACAUAAGGGGCCGAAUCAAAAUCCUCCACGGGCAAAACCACAAAACAGAAGAACCACCUUUGGCACUGUUUGCCGUGUGUACGCCAUUCGGUCCACCAUCCCUAUUAGAGAUGCCGCACAAGGACACAAUGUUCAAAAGCAAACACAAACUUGAUCUCUCUCUAGUCUCUCUCGACCAAAGGGCGAAGCAAGUGUUGGGUUAUUCCGACUCCGAACUCGCUGACAAAGGUUGCUACGACCUAGUCCAUUACGAUGAUCUAGCCUACGUCGCCAGCGCUCAUCAAGAACUUUUGAAAACGGGUGCUUCCGGCUUGAUAGCGUAUCGUCUAGCCACUAAAUCCGGGUCUUGGCAAUGGCUACAAACCAGUGCCAGGCUUGUUUAUAAGAACAGCAAACCCGACUUCAUCCUUUCUACGCACAGACCUCUCAUGGAAGAAGAAGGGCGAGAUCUUCUCGGAAAAAGGACGAUGGAUUUCAAAGUGACCUACUUAGAUGGUGGUCUCAGUUCCACUACAGAUCGUAGCAGCCUGCUAUCAGACAGCGAUUUCGUGCUCCGUUGCCAGAGGACGAGGCGAUACAAGUCCCAGAUACGAGAUAUCAUUACCACAUGCAGAAAGAGGAAAAGCCCUGUCAAUGGCCCCGUAACGGCAGCCACGAUUGUUGGUGGUGCAGAACCGGCCACCUAUAUGGACGAUACGGCAGUGGUGGCUGCCAGUUACAACAAUGUUUAUCCGUAUGGGACAACGGAUACUAUGAAUGGUAUCAGUGCACCAUACGCUUCUGCGGCAACCAUGCCACAGAAUCUUUUCACGGCCGCCAUAGACAAUACACGGUUCAUAUCGGCCGAAAACUUCCUCCAUUACAGGUCCAUAGGAACCUAUUAUCCGGACUAUGCGGUGACGCAAUAUCCGUCAAACGGAUUUUUAGACGCAUCCGCGGCAAGGACUUGCUUCACCACGGGUGCUUUUCAACCAGAUCCAAUUAUAACGACCAAAGAAGACAAACUUUACCAGUGUCAGAUAGAGGCGGCAAAGUUCGGUGAUUCGUCCUCCUCGCCUCAACAGAUCAAAACGCCCACAACCUCGACAUGCUGUGACACAACCUCGUACUUGUCCAUGAACGGGGUUGACCCUCUGAGGGGGUGUCUGAUUAAUAGCGGCAACGCAUCAGUUCAGCCACCCCUAUUGCUGGACAACCAUGAUGUCAAAGUGCGAGACCUUGGUUGUUCAGGAAACCUGAGUUUUCCACUAGCUACCAGUUCCGACUGUAUCAACUCUGGACUAGUAUCCAACAAGACAGCUAAAAGUCCUUUGAAUGGAGGUACAGCCAACAGCAUUCUCAUGUCCAUACGAGACUUACCUCAUUGGCAUAAAGACGAGAAAUCAGCACCGUUUGAUAGUCGACAAAGUGUACUCAUGUGGAACAAUACCGGCAUUCGGGACAGUCUUUCUGUGGAAUGCCCGGCCACCAACAGUGUCACUUUGCCAACUUACGAUUUAAAAUUGCCUCGGUACUGCGAUCCAGUAGGUGCCAAGGAAGUAGAGAUUGGCAAUGUCAAUGGUUCCCCGUGUAAGUGGAGUGGGCACGCGGCAGCGCCCAAGUCAGCCUCUCCCCACAACAGUACUAGCCCUGCCAGUGGGAAAGUGGCACCACAAGUUACCUACAGUACCACACCUUACACUCAAGACAUGCGGCUAGAGCUUCCACUAGUGAGGUCCGAUGUCAUCCGACCAUCUUCCGUGAAGCAAGAAGGCAAUCCUCUGCUCUCCAUAUCAGAGGUGACGAACACUCUAUUGGAUCACCACUAGAUGGUCCGUUCAUAAACCGGUGACAUGACGCCAAAAAAGUGACCUUCAUCAACGCUCCGCUCGGGAGAGGACACUCUGUGUCGCCAAUUGUGGCAACAUAAAUUCGGGCAUCUUCCACAUUCAGAAUGAAAACAAGCAAUCAGAGCAGGCCUCCGUUUUAGUCGAUUAUCAUGGUUCAAAUAGAAUUGGUCCUUUAUAUGAACUGUGAUAAUGUUAUUUAAAAGCCAUGAAGAGACAUUUGACAAUCAGACUAAUAUCAUUACAUAUUAUUAUUAUUAUUAUUAUUUUUUUUUUUUUUGUAUGUUCAUCCCAAAACGUCUUGCAUCAAUUCAUUUCUAUAAUUCAGAUUCCUAAGCAAAUAUAACAUUAAUACAUGAUUAUUCGUGACAAAUCUCAGCAACUUCAUUU